CUUGUAAGAAUAGUAAACCCUUUCGGCCGGAACCGCCAUCUUCCAGUAAUUCGCCAAAAUGACGAACACAAAGGGAAAGAGGAGAGGCACCCGAUAUAUGUUCUCUAGGCCUUUUAGAAAACAUGGAGUUGUUCGUUUGGCCACAUAUAUGGGAAUCUAUAAGAAAGGUGAUAUUGUAGACAUCAAGGGAAUGGGUACUGUUCAAAAAGGAAUGCCCCACAAGUGUUACCAUGGCAAAACUGGAAGAGUCUACAAUGUUACCCAGCAUGCUGUUGGCAUUGUUGUAAACAAACAAGUUAAAGGCAAGAUUCUUGCCAAGAGAAUUAAUGUGCGUAUUGAGCACAUUAAGCACUCUAAGAGCCGAGAUAGCUUCCUGAAACGUGUGAAGGAAAAUGAUCAGAAAAAGAAAGAAGCCAAAGAGAAAGGUACCUGGGUUCAACUAAAGCGCCAGCCUGCUCCACCCAGAGAAGCACACUUUGUGAGAACCAAUGGGAAGGAGCCUGAGCUGCUGGAAUCUAUUCCCUAUGAAUUCAUGGCAUAAUAGGUGUUAAAAAAAAAAAAAAAAGGACCUCUGGGCUAUUAAAAAAAAAAAAAAAAACAGUAAAAUCUCAGUCCCUUCGCAGUUCUUCAUAUGAAGGUUCUUAGGUACCUCCAAACCCCAUGUUACAAGGUAUGUGGGUAAGAAAAAGCCCUACAAGAUGUGUAAAAUUUGCUCUGCCCAGGCAGACUGUGGUGAUUGCAUGUGGUGGACGAGGAGGCAGGAGUGUUUCCAGAAGCCUACAGGGUUUUGGGAACUUCUUAUUUCAGGAGCACAGGAUGUUUUCUUCAUUUUGACAUAUGCACAAUUGACAAUGAAGCUGUAGAGACCAGAGGGGUGGGGUCCUAUCUAAAUCACAUGGAAUUCUGGGUCCUCUCUGUUUAGUCCUUUCCCAUAAUUACUUAACAUAAAUUUUGAAUUUACAAAUUACAAAUACAGACACAAAAUGAUACCACAUAUUUUACAAGGAUAUAAACAUAUUCAACAAUGUAUAUUGCUUAUACACUGGAAUAGGUCCUUAUGAUAGAGAAAAGAAUAGGAGUGAAAAUCAAAGAUAAGGGAGCAAAUUAGAACAAAACAAGAGAAGAUCUUUGCAAAGACUUUGAUGAUGGUAGCAUGCCAUAAGUAAGUCAGCUUUCUCCACCUUAGAUCCAAAACCAAAAUACAAUGCAAUAUAGGUUACAUUUUACCAUAUUUCAGCAAACCACCCGAAAUUGGGUGACAGAUGUCAACCUCAAUUCCCACCAAAUCCAGAUACAAGGCUUACUUGAGCUUGACUAACUCCAAUUUGAAUUCUGGAUUCUAUAUCCUUUUCCAAGGGGGUAGACAUUUCCAAGGCUUAUACAUUAGAAUGGACCCCUAUGAUGGAGAGGGGAAUAAGGGUGUGGAUCAAGAAUGAAGAAAAAAAUCAAGUGAAAGAGGGUCCUUGCUCAGGCUGAUGAUGAUAGCAUGCCAUUUUAGGUACAAAAAAUUACAUACAUAUAUAUAUGUAUGUAUGUACAUAUAUAUGUGUGUGUGUGUGUGUGUGUAUAUAUAUGCAUAUAACAUUCUGUCAAACAACCUGUAAUGGUUUGAGACAUGUGAAUCCAAAUUCCAACUCCAAUUUGAAUAGGUUUUAUUCUUUUUCUGAAUCUUGAGCUCUGUCAUCUAUUCACUGUGUUGCUUCUGCUCUUAGAACUAGGCAUUUGACUAUCAAACUUACUUUUCAUCUUUACAACUUUUUUUUCUUUUCCUUUUUUCUUUUUUCUUUUUUUUUUUUUUUUGAGAGAGUCUCAUUCUAUUGCCCAGGCUGGAGUGCAGUGGUGCGAUCUCGGCUCACUACAACUUCUGCCUCUCGGAUUCAAAGGAUUCUCAUGCCUCAGCCUCCUGAGUAGCUGGAAUUACAGGCAUGUGCUACCAAGCCCAGCUAAUUUUUGUAUUUUUAGUAGAGACAGGGUUUCACCAUGUUGGCCAGGCUGGUCUUGAACUCCUGACCCCUAGUGAUCUGCCUGCCUCAGCCUCCCAAAGUGCUAGGAUUACAGGUGUGAGCCACCGUGUCUAGCCAUCUUUACAAGUUUCUUAUUCCCUCAGAAUAGGAUCACCCUGGUCCUUCAGGGUCCAACAGCUUCUGUCCCUCAGCCCACUUGGCUGGCACCAUGGCCAGGUUAUAUUGGACCUUCUGGUGGAACCACACAGAACAUAGAAUGUGACUUGGUGGAUGAGCAGGAGUCUCAGAAUUGGUGGGGAAUACGAAAGCCUCUGAGGGAUAUCGUGAGCAACUCUUUCUAUCGUAAGACAGUGGUAGUGGGUGGGCGAUGGGAAGCAGUUGUAAUGUGGGAGACAAAGGAUGAAGAGGUUGAGGGAGAAAGAUAAAAUAAUGAGAGAAGAGACAAGGAGGUGACCAUGAAAGAAACUAAAGUUAAUUUCUUAUUACAAUUUAUCAGUGUUCAGCAUAGGAUCUGUGAGUUUCAGAGUAAGUGGGUUGGGGCCAGUGAGGCAGCCAUACUUGAAUGAUCCAAGAGCAUCAGAUGGAAAGGAAAUAGAACAUACACCUUCAGCCCUCUUGGAGUUGGACCAAUGGAUAUCUAAAUAGUAGAUGAGUGGGCUGUGACAGUAAUGAAUGUCCAAAGGGAAGUCUCUCCUUUUAUUUCACAAUUAUGAACAAACAAAAAUGCUUAACGUAUUAGAAAUUUAAUAGUUUAUACAAGGAGCCUGCCAAUUUCACAUACCAGCUACUGACUUACUGUGAUUAUUUUUUUGUUUGAUAUUAAACUUCUUCCCAUUAUCCCUUGUCCAGAGCAUUUUCAAGGAAUGACAAUUAAGGAAAGAAGACUGGUUGUGGGUUCCAUGGAAUGAUUUUUUUUCUUUUUUUUUGUAUACCACACACAAGACUAAGUGGCCAUCCUCUUAUGUUCAAUGGUUUGAAUGGGAUAGAAGUUCAUUUCUUCCUCACGUAAUAGUUCAGGGGGAGCAUUCCAGGGCUGUCAUGAUGAUUCAAUGGUGUCAGAUCUCAGCCUCAUUUUAGCUGGUUUUUCUACUAUAUCUAGUGUAUGUCCCUUGUCCUUAAAGGUACAGAUUGUUCAUCCCAUAUCCCUGAUCCAAGUAGCAAGAUAUAGGAUUUGGAGGAAAGAAGGUAAUCUCCUUCCCUUUCCUGUCACAAAUGAAAAGUUGCACUCAAUAGUUGGCUGACAUCCCAGUGGCCAACACUUCAUCACAAUACUAUAACUAGCUGCAAAGGGGCUUGCAAAAUGUGGUAUUAUGGGCUAAAUGUUUGUGUCCUCCCUCAAAUGUAUGUGCUGAAAUCCUUAUCCUCCAUGUGAUGGCAUUAGGAAGUAUGGCCUUUGAGGGGGUGAUUAGGUCAUAAGGGUGGAGCCUCUAUGAAUGGGAUUAGUGCCUCUACAGGAAGAGACAUGAGAGAGCUCUCCACCCUCUUCCUGCCAUGUGAGGAUACAAUGAGAAGUUGGGAGUCUGCAACCUGGAAGUGGGUCCUCACCCAAACUUGACCAUGCUGGCACCCUGAUCUCAGACUCCCAGCCUCUAGAACUGUAAGAAAUACAUUUCUGUUGUUUAUAAGCUGCCCAGUUCAUGGUAUUCUGUUAUAGCAGCCUCAACUAUGACAUGUAGUACUUGCAGGGUUGCCAUAUGUCCACCUAAAAUUUUUAUUACUCAUGAAAAAGGGGAAUAUAGGAAUAUUGGGCAAUAACUACCAGUAUUAGCCAUAGUAAGAUAUUCACAGAAAAUUUGAUCUGAGAUUUUUUGGGGGGUGCCAGUGAUAAGAGCUUAUUCUUACAAUAAUGGCUGGGCAUGAUGGCUCACACUUAUAAUUUUAGCACUUUGGGAGGCCAAGGGGGGAUAUCGCUUGAAUCUAGGAGUUCAAGACAAGCCUGCGGAAUAUGGUGAGACCCUCUCUCCACUAAAAAUACAAAAAUUAGUCAGGCAUGGUGGCAUGUGCCUGUAGUCCCAGCUACUUGGGAGAUUGAGGCAGGAGGAUCACUUGAGUCCAGGAAGUCAAGGCUGCAG